AUGGAGAAUUCUCGAUCAGCUGGUACUACAUCUACUUCAACAACCGUUGUAAUGUUUCGCCAUCCUAUUGGCCCUUUUCAUCGUAAAACGGCCAAAGAUUUUUUGCAUCAUCUAAAUGCCACCUCAAAAUUUAGCAGAAUUUUAUUUAACAAAUUGAAAGGCGUAAAAAAGUUUAAUGAACGACAAACAACACUUUCUUUCUCUAUAAUUGAAUGUGAAUGUAUGAAUUGUCAUUGGUCAAUUGAAAUUGAUUUUGGUCAAUAUGCAAGGAAUCUUGAAGAAGAAUUAUGCUUUCGUUCUUCCUCUCUAUUUGAUGAAUUAUGA